AUGUUUCGUUUGCUCCCCUGGUCCUCUGCAAUCGGAGGGAACAAGGUGAUGGCGGAAGAGGUCACGAUGCUCGCCACACCCUCCUCCAACUGCUCCAUGCCGGGAGUUAACGGUUUGUCGCUACCCCGGCUGAAGCGCAAGCGAUCCGAUUCGGACGCGGCCACCGACGCGCCCGCCCCGACCAGACCACGCACACAACCGCCAGUCGCCAACACUCUGCCACCAGCGCCGGUGUCGCAGCCAGUCGUCUCGAAACCGCUCGCCUCGCCGCUCGUUGCUCCAUCCACCCCGGUCGCAUCGGCGCAUCCGCCGGCGCAGGUCGCCGCCACGGGGGCCCCGGAUGUGAACCAGCUGCGCGAUACCAUCACGGCCCAGCUGAGCUUGGAGGUGCUGCUGAAGCACAAUGAACUGCGUCUCAUCGACCAGGAGAUCGCCAAGUGUCAGGUCGCACUGGAACAACUGCGACGCUGCGCGGAGAUCCCCUACCCGGGAUCGCUUGCCACGGGCAUGUCGUCGACUGUCAGCUCUGGCGUUGGUGCGUCGGUGUUGGUACCUGGAAAAGGACCUGCGCCGAUAUCUCCAGCGCCCUGGGGGGUCACCGAGGGACCAUAUUCGCGCCACUAUGCGCGCUGGUUGCUCCCUGACCCUCGCUUCGAUGGGGGUGAGGUCGACCCGGGUCUUGCCUCCAUCGGUGCCAACGGCUUUCCGCAGGUCGAGGGCCGGUCAACGCGCGGCAACCCGGUGGACAUGGGCUCGCUGGCGAGCAAGACGCGUCCUCAACGGGGUUCGGCUAGUGCAAAGCUGCAAUCUCUGCCCAGUGGUUACCCAUUGAUCAAGGAGAAGGCGGGGCCGAUGCUGAUCCGGCGCAAAUCGGACGGCGUGCUCGUCAAAUUAAUCUGUUUGGACUGCCGACGGGACAACUUCUCCAGCACGCAAGGAUUCAUCAACCACUGUCGCAUCGCACACAACCGCAACUUUGCCAGCCACGACGCCGCGGCGAUGGCGUCGGGUGAACCGGUCGAGGUGGAUGAGGCUGGUACCGUCAUCGGCGGCCGAAGUGAAUCCACCAGCGCUCCGGUGGCUCCUGGAUAUGUCCAUCCGCUGAUUCGAUCUACUCAACUGCCUUCGCCUUCGAACUCCCUCACCACUCCCGCCAAGGACUCAGUCACUCCUCAGCGACCGUCUGACAUGAACGCGGCCGCAACUGUUGCAACACCGCCCGCGACAAGACCAUCGGUUCGCGAGCAGCGCCGACAAACCGAACCAGCCAAGAUUUCUGUCAACCCUUCAUUUCUCGCCUCUCCCGCGACUCCUCACUUGUCAGCCUUGAUGCGGGACCGCGGUGUCGGUGUGGAUAUGGACCAACUGGUGGCAGAUGCCAAGACACCUGUGUACCUUGAUGGUCUUUCCGAUAGCGAGGACGAUAUGGAUACGGACGAUUCUGGGCGACCGUCCGACUCCGGUUUGGAGGCGUCUCAACUCGGAGCACGCGCUGGUCGACAGCCAAUGCGCAUGCCCACCGCACAAGCCGCAUCGCAGCGCUCGGAAGGCCACAAGGGGCUUAACCGAAACCCGCACGACGCGCAAUCCUUGGAAGAAUCAACACCGUCUCGACCACCGCAUCACCUCCAGCCGUCAUACCUCUCAGAGAUUUCCUUAUCAGACACGCCUCAAGCAAUUCAGCCUCGAGAAGCAGACCAUAUGAGUCACCCGGCAAACCUCAGUCCAAACACGCUAGAGUCGAAUCAAGCUCCGAGCUUGGUGAGCGACGACGAGGAUGAUUUUGAAGCAGGCUCUGAGUCCGAUGGGCCCAGCUCUUCCGAGGCAGGCGACCACGACCAAGAUAUCGGUCACAUCGAGGUGGAGGGCGAUGAGCGCACAGCCACUCCGUCCACCGCGACCACCGAAGCCAAGCCCGGUCCAUCGCUGGCGAGUCCUGCUCCGUCCGCGCCGCCGAAAUUGUCCAAACCCUUGAAGCGAAGCCGAUCCAAGAAGAACAUUCCAUCGAUGAUGCCUGCGUUUGACGACUCCGAUAAGGAAGACAAGCACGUCAGCUUCGUCCAUUCCGAUGAGAACCCCAAAUCCAAGCGCGGGCCCAAACCUGCUCCAUCUGGCCGGUAA